CGGUGGUUGGACGCAAUCUGCGGCCCCCGGGAACUUCCUGCGAAAGGAUUUCAGAGGAAAUCCACGUUACUCCGUUCCACUUCCUAUUCAGCCCUAAAAAGCAAAAUCCCCCCUUCCUCUCCCCCAUCUCUUACUCUACACCAUACCUACUGAUCAUCCAUCGCUCGACUGACCGAAGAAAAGCUACAUAAGAGGAAGAACAGGAACAAGAGGAAGAAGAAGAGUCCCUACCAGACCAACAGACCUCUCUUUUAUUUUGAUCUUGAAGAAGAUGGAUGAAUCGGAGAAGAGGAGAGAAAGAUUGAAAGCGAUGCGAACAGAAGCUGCACAGGCCCAAGUUUCUGAUAGUCAAGGUCCCUCAACACCGUCUGCUUCUCUCUCCAAUCCUUUGCUCGACCCGUCUGUUUCUCCAUCAACUGUGGGGAAUUCACCUGCGGUUCCCAGGUUUGAUUUUUACACAGAUCCCAUGUCAGCUUACCCUGGUAACAAGAGACGGAGCAUGGAUAACACUCAGAGUUCGCAUAAUAAUUUCUCACCUUCUAUCAGCAGUUGCUCUUCCGUGGGUCAGUUUCCAACUACUUAUUCAGGCCCUAGGAACCCCAAUGCAAGCCCCGUUCCGACUCAUCAAUUUCAGAUGAAUUAUGCUAAUCCCAAUGCAAGCCCCGUUCCCACUCAUCAAUUUCAGAUGAAUUAUGCUAACCCCAAUGCAAGCCCAGUUCCUACUCAUCAAUUUCAGAUGAAUUAUGCUCCAGACCCGAGAAUAAAUGAAACACCGCCCCCGCACAUGUCCGCUCCUUGGAGAAGCCCAAUCAGGAUGACGAGUCAGUUCUCAGGGCAUGGAGGAACUCCCGGCAACUUUAACCGAUCUGGUGGGCCACCCAGCUAUGGCCUCCCCCCCAAUUCAUCAAGGGGUGGUUUGCCUAGCCCGGGUUAUGGACGUGGAUGCAGCCCCAGUUCAAAUUCAGGAAGAGGCAGCUACCACAGAUUCAAUAACAGUCCUAGUCCUGGGUCAGGACGUAGCGGUGGAAGAGGACGAGGUUUCCAUGGAUCGAUUUCAGCACGGGACCAACCAAUGCGGUUUUACCACAAGUCCAUGGUUGAAGACCCAUGGCGGUUUUUGAAACCCGUUGUUGGGACUUUGGUAAGAUCUUGGCUUCCAAAAUCGGUUAGUAUGAAGAAGGCCAGAGUUUUAGAAGCUCCUGUCGACUUCAAUUCCCAAUCAAGCCUCGCCGAUUGCCUAACGCUGUCGCUUGAGGAGGCUGUGAAUGAUGUUACGAACAUCUGAGAGGUGCGUCACAUCUUCGAUGAGGGGCAAGUACCUAGAAGAUGCGAAGAGUUUGAAGUGGGGCCCAUCAGGCAUUGAUUGGAUCAAAAUGAUUUGGGAGGUCUGAUGACGCAUUCGCAGGCGCUGUUGGAUCAGCAGAUUUCAUGAUUCUGGAAUCAGGAGCUUUGUUGGGGGCACUUUGAUCAUUAGCAUAUGGACAGUAGAUCGUUAAAGAUGUACUUGACUUAUUUGGUGGGCAAAUAGAGGUGGCCCACGAUAUCUAUCCAUCUUUGAAUGUUUGUGUUGUACAUGUUAUGUGCUGAUUUCAGUAGUAAAUUUAUCCAGUUUCAUCAUGCUGACUUUAUUGUUAUUGUUAAUCUUAUAAUUUAUCUAGUUUCAUCAUGUUGACUUUAUUGUUGUUGUUAAUCUUAUAAUUUAUCUAGUUUCAUCAUGCUGACUU